CAAAACCAAAUAAACUUGGAAAACAAAAAAAAAAAAAAAAAAAAAAUGCCUUACUUCGUCGUCAACCCCGUCAUGUUCUUCCUCCUUGUUGUUCUUCCCCAGAACCAAUGCCUAUUAUGCUAACACCAUUACCAUACAAAGUCUCAGGUGGAGGUGGAGGAGCUUUUGCUGGUUUUGCUUUUUUCGGUUCUUCUUCUAAUGGUUGUUGUCCAAGCUUCAAAGCUCGACCUCCCCAACCCUUCUCUCUCUUCUCCUCACAUAACAUCUCUCCUCUUUGAACCCCACUCUCUCUCUCUAGCCCUCAUGCAUUCUGACUCCUCUUUCUCUCUCUACCCCUCCAUAUCUCCUUUUUCCCUCUCUUCUCUCCCUCCCCCUCAAACCAUCGUCUCCCCUCCAUCUUCGUCUGCCACCUUCCUACUGCUCCAAAAUCCAAACCCUAAUAACCCUGACACUAAUUCUCGUGUAUUGUUUGUUGUGUCGGGUCCUUAUGGCGGUGGGUCGAAGGUACUGCUUCGGUUUUAUAUAUUGCAGAGGCAAAAGCUUUUCACCAAGGCUCAAGUUGUCUGCAACCAGAGAGACCUCCAAUUCGAUGGGAGAUUGGGAGUUUUGAUCGAUUGUAAUCAUGGGGUUUCGAUCAGGCUUUCUGGGUCGGUCAAUUUCUUCGCUAUGUAUUCGGUUUCGAGCUCAAAGGUUUGGGUUUUCGCGGUGAAAUCGGUGGUGGGUAGCAUCGAUGACGAUGAUGGUGGUGGUGGUGGUGGUGGUGAUGGGGUCGUUGUGAAAUUGAUGAGGUGUGCUGUGAUCGAGUGCUGCAAUCCACUCUGGUCGAUUAGUGUUUCGUUUGGGUUCUUGAUCUUAGGUGAACUAAACGGGGUUAGGGUUUUCAAUUUGAGGCCUAUCGUGAAAGGUCAGGUUAGGAAAGUCAAACCUUGGCAUUCAAAUUCGAAGCCGGAAGGUCGAAAAUCUUGUCUGCCUAACGGGGUUAUUGGUGGUGAUGAUGUGUAUGGUGAUUUAAGGGGUAACAUGAAUUCUGGAGGUAGUGGUGGAUGUGGGAAAAGUGAUGCUGUUUUAGGGAUUUCAGAGAUAGCUUGCAACGGUUACUUGGAGGGGAAGAAAAGUCCACAGUAUGUUUCUGUGAAACAGAGGGCUAUUAAAUUGAGAGCUGACUCCUGUGAACAGGGAGCAUGCUUUGUGGCACUCAAGAGGCAGGAUGCUGAACCAUCAAAAUCAAAGGUGGUGAUGUCUGUGAAGGCAAUUUCUAUUCAGGCAUUAUCCGCAAAAAAGUUUAUAAUCUUGGACUCAGCUGGAAACUUACAUCUCUUGCGCUUGUCUUACCCUGUCGUUGGAUCAGAUAUCACUUGUGACAUGCGACAGUUGCCUCAAGUUUUGAAAGUGCAAAAUCUGGCUAUUAUUCCUGAUACUUCUUUAAGAACGCAAACUGUUUGGGUAUCAGAUGGAUACCACUCUGUGCACAUGAUGGUGGCAUCUGACAUGGAGAAUUUGGCUGAUGAAAAUGAUAGAAGUGAAAAUAAGGAAAAACUUAUGCAAAUCUCAGCUGUUCAGGCAUUUUUUGCCAGUGAAAAGAUUCAAGAUGUUAUUCCUUUAGCUGCAAAUGCUAUUUUCCUUCUUGGACAAGGUAGUUUAUAUGCAUAUGCAGUUUCCUAAAGUUGCUCGGCUUUCAUCUGUUUUCCAUUGAGCAGGAAUUCUAAUAUGGGAACAUAUUAGAUGAUUUCUUGCAGUUUGACAGAGGUUCCUUGAUUACUGUUCUGUUGAAAUCUCUCCUUAAUAUGUCCACUGUUUAAUUUAUGCCAUCAUGUUGCUGAAGUUGUCAUGAGCUCCAGUUUCAUUAUAGAAUUAGUGCAAAAGAUCAUGUGAACAGUGAGCUCAUUAAGGUGGUACAGUUGGGGACCAGUUGGAUGCUUGUCACGGAGUUCUGCAUUCAGAAGAGAGGAGAGUCUUAAACAGCUCAACUACUCAAUCUGACUCUUGUAUACUGCAUCCUUACUUUGCCAUGAAUAUGUGAACUCCAUCUCUGUUGAUUCAUUGGAUUCGGACACCCUUAUUCCGGAGCAUGUUUUAAGUCUUAGGUUGUCAACUGGAGGACUAGAACCAGCCAUCCAACCGAGAUUCAAAACAAGUUGGAAACAACUUCAAAUUGGCUUUUCUAUUGCAGUACCCUGUUUGAUCGGCGGGUGAAACUACAAAUUUCUGAGACAGCCAGUUUUUGGAGCAUGUAAAAUUUGUAACAUAAAUCCAAGUACGCAUGUAGGUGGGGUGGUCCCCUUGUGCAACAUGUAGUUCAACUUAUGCUUGUGAUGUUUGGUAGACUUGAUGGAACAAGAAAACCGUAAUUGUCAGAUUCAUGCCUAAAUAACGUUUCAAUUGGAUGUUAUUACAUUUCCUUA